AGAGGGCACCAAAACUGGAUCCGAUUUAAUAUCACGCUCAGAAGGAGGAAAGAGGCAGGCCGAAAGAUGCUUUUGUGAGUCUGUAGACAUUGACAUGCUUCAUUAACCACGUUUCUCCGAGACAGUGCGGACUCCACGGUACAACCACGUGAAGAAAACCUUGCGCUGUCUCGAAGAGCUGUCGUGCUCUACAAAGGGUCGUUUUCACAUUUAAUACAGCAUAGCGAAGCGUCUUGCUUCGUUUGACAAGAAGUAGCAAUGUCAGGGUUGAAGAAACGGAGUUCCAAUACUUCCGCGGAUCGGGAUGAAGACGACAAGCAGGAGACGGAGAAGAUGCUCUCCAGCAGAGGUGGAAACGGCAACAUGAGCCGACCAGGAGACGGCACACCAGGAAGCCCAACCGCAGGCAUCAGUCCUGCGGAUGGAGAAGAAGAGACAGUCGAGCUGAAAAGAACUAUUACUCUCGUAAACGGCGUGGCCAUCAUUGUAGGCACCAUUAUCGGCUCUGGCAUCUUCGUAACCCCAACCGGAGUGGUGAAGGAAGCCGGUUCGGUCGGGCUGUCGCUGGUCGUGUGGGCUGUAUGUGGCGUCUUCUCCACUAUAGGCGCCCUGUGUUACGCCGAACUGGGGACCACCAUCACCAAGUCGGGGGGUGACUACGCCUACAUCCUUGAGGUUUAUGGCUCCCUACCUGCGUUUCUGAAGCUGUGGAUAGAGCUUCUCAUCAUCAGGCCGUCGUCGCAGUAUAUUGUGGCAUAUGUUUUCGCUACCUACCUCCUCAAGCCCAUAUUUCCCGACUGCCCGGUCCCUGAAACAGGAGCUAAACUGGUCGCCUGCCUCUGCAUCCUGUUGUUGACUGCUAUCAACUGCUACAGCGUGAAGGCCGCCACAAGGGUCCAAGAUGCCUUCGCUGCUGCUAAGCUACUGGCCCUGGUCCUCAUCAUUAUUAUUGGCUUUGUGAAGAUCGGCAAAGGUGAUACUUAUGAGCUCCUGCCUGCCAAUUCAUUCAAAGGAAGCAAUAUGGACUUUGGGAACAUCGGAUUGGCUCUUUACAGUGGGCUUUUUGCCUAUGGAGGAUGGAAUUAUUUGAAUUUUGUCACUGAGGAGAUGAUCGAGCCAUACAGAAAUCUUCCCUUGGCCAUCAUCAUCUCUCUCCCCAUUGUCACUGUUGUCUAUGUGCUGACCAACCUGGCCUACUUCACCACCCUCUCUCCACAGGAAAUGCUUACAUCGGAGGCUGUUGCUGUGGACUUUGGAAAUUACCACCUGGGGCCAAUGGCCUGGAUAAUUCCUGUGUUUGUGGGGUUGUCAUGCUUUGGCUCUGUGAAUGGCUCACUGUUUACCUCAUCCAGGCUGUUCUUCGUUGGGUCCAGAGAAGGUCAUCUUCCCAGCUUGUUGUCAAUGAUCCACCCUGACCUUCUGACCCCUAUGCCUUCUCUUAUAUUUACUUGUAUUAUGACACUCCUCUACGCAUUCUCCAACGACAUAUUCUCAGUCAUUAAUUUCUUCAGCUUCUUUAAUUGGCUCUGCAUCGCGAUGGCGAUCAUCGGCAUGAUGUGGUUACGCUAUAAGAAACCUGAACUGGAACGGCCAAUUAAGGUCAAUAUCCUGCUGCCAAUUAUGUUUGUAUUGGCCUGCUUGUUCCUCAUUGUGGUUUCUAUCUGGAAAACGCCUGUCGAGUGUGCCAUUGGAUUUGGAAUCAUUGCCACAGGAGUUCCUGUUUACUUCUUUGGCGUUAGAUGGCAGACCAAGCCAAAGUGGCUGUUGCAGAUCAUCUUCUCCGCUACGGCUAUGUGUCAGAAGAUGAUGGAUGUGGUACCUCAGGAGUCCUGAAGAACAAAUGGAGCGACAGAUGCCCCCUCAGCGCACAAAUUCAAGUCUCCUUGCAUCCAUCCUUAAUGUAUUCCUCAACUGCCUCACCUCUUUAUGUGUGAGCCAGACGAAAGUCUUAUCCUGCUGAUAAUGUUGGCAAAAUCUAUAUUAAUUACAACAAAUGAGACCAGACAAGACAAGUGUCUGGACCUAAGAGGUCACAGGAGCAUUUCAGUUCUGGAAAUUGGUUUUGUCAGUCCUUCCCUCAAUCAAAUGUAUCAUACUGUAUACAUUUUAUAGUUUGAUUUACAUGUUUUCUGAUACAUUUUUAGACCAUUCGAGAUAUAUGUGUCAUACAGCAUCAUUACUGAAGUCUGCAAGUGGUUUUCUCAGUCAUCCCUUUAUUUAGUACCUUGUUUUGCCCUUCUUUUAAUGUGGUGUGUUUGCUAGAUAGUGAGCUUCCUGUAUUGUGAUUUCAGCUUUUGUUUCUAAAUGUAUGUUAGGAAAAGUGCAUACCAAGCUGAAAGCAUCUCGCUCUUUGGAGACACCAUUGCCAAUUUUCAAUGGUUAAAGCUAUGAUCUUCUCUUGAACGAAAUGUAAACAUUUGCAACUCUUGAACGAAAUUUAAACAAUUCACAACUUGGAUCAUGACGUAAUUUCACUGAUCUACACACACUGUUGGCCAUUCGCUAUUCUACAGCAGAUAUGAUAAGUUUGCUGUGCCUUGUCUGUCAGUGUAGAAAUGUAUUAUUUUGUACAAUCUUUAUGAUACGACUUUAUACUUCAACAGAUUUAUUUUUGAUGUGUUAUUGCAGCUUUUUUUAUGCUGUUUGUAAGAAUUUCAAGGAAUUUCUCCCUUUUUCUUUUGUCUUGGUCAUCUGAUUGGUUUCACCCAAUUCCUUCUUUUUCCUCUUCUUAUUGUUAUUAUUACUACUACUGUUUUAGACAUACAGUAUUCACAAAUUCAUCAGAAAACCGAUCAAGCCCAAUACCAAAAGCCUUGCUCCAUUGUCUUAACUCAGUAAACUUACAUUACACUCCUAGAUUUGAUUGUAUAUUUUGUACGCCUAACUAUGAUUUUAAGGAGCACAAAAGAUUGGAAGCUGUUGACCAAUACAGAUAUACAUGAAGUACAGUACUUAGCACUGGACCCUGGGGCACUAUUCGAUGAUGAAUUACCUCUGAAGCAGUCAGUCUCUUGAUCAUUAUGGACCUUUCAAGAAAAAUGUCCUCUUGUAUCAUUAAAGAUACUAAUUUCUGAAAUAAACAGAUGUAGAGUUACUGUAGAGGUUUAUGGUGAUGCUGUCACCAUUUAAAAAGGUUUUUUGCUGUUGCACUACAGUGCAUAUGGCCUGCUGGUUACUCCAGUUACUGCAUCUUUAUAUUGCACCUUCAAAGGUAUGGUUAAAUUUACCCUAACAAGAGUUGAGAUUUUAGUGCCUCAUCAGUUUUUGGACUGAAAACAAAACAAUGAUUUUGCUGUAAAAUGCGUGUUUUGGAUUUGGAUGGCUGCACUUGAGAGAUGAAUGCAGUGUUUUUGAGUUAUCCUAGUUUUACUCAAUGGUUGAAUGAUUGGUUAUGAAUCAGCUGUGUAUGUCAGAGACACUGUUUGAUUUUUUUUGUUUUUGAUGGGGAAGUCUGGGGGUUUUGGGAAUGUUUGGGGUUAAAAAGUCAGACGAUGAAGGUGAUGUUAUUUUAAGACAAAACAGAAGCGGUGGGACACAAGGACGAAGAAAUAACAUUGUGUUUUGGUUAGGGCUGCAACUAAUGAUUAUUUUGAUAAUCACUAAUCUAACGAUUAUUUGACUGUUCGGGCAAUUAUUGCAACGAUUAAUCAUUAGCUCUUAACCGAUUAUUCAGCUUGUGCCCCGACUUAAAAAGUUGUAUUACACGUGCUUACUAACAAUAAAGUGGACAAAAUCAUCUUUUAAAAAUUACCCUACAUGACAUUCACUGAAAUAAAGGAAACAAAUACUUUUUAAAGUUAAAUUCAGUAAAAGAAUUCACAGCAAAAAUCCUAUUGUUAUCAAGUGUUUUUGUUUAGAUUCAAUCUCUCCCCCUCAGAUUGGGACACUUCGCGCAACUCAUAAAAGAGGCGCUGAAUGCACAGAAACAUUUCUAAUUUCGGAGUUUGUAGUUAUUUACAUGACCUGCUUCCUUAUUAUUUGAACUUUAUUAAAGCUAUAACACAUUCAAUAUAACUGCAUUAAAGAUGUAACGGCAGGGUGUUUCCUUCAAAGACGCAUGACGUGCAAGUUUUGCUUCAGCAUAGCAGCAGAUCCCACAACGAGAGUGCUUCUGUAUUUACUUAUUUGGUAUUUUUGUAUAAUUCCCUCAUACUUUGCGAGCUACAUCACUUGAAGCUGUGAAAGAUUAGUGUGCGUCUGGACUGUUAGCUGCAUUUCUUCCUCUCCUCAGUCAGGCGCAAACUGCAGUGCUGGUCUCGCGCAUCAUCAUUAGAGUUCAUAUGAGCUCAUGUUACGUUAAAUGAGAUCAAGCGACUAUUUGACCAUGAACAUUUUUGUCGACAGUUUUUUUUUUAUCGUCAACGUUGUCGAUAACAUCGGCUAAUAAUUUCAGCCCUAGUUUUGGUUAUUAUGAUUAAGAUUAUUAUGAUUAUGAACAAUUUAAGGUUUCUUCUAACGUUGCACCGAUCAGGAAUUUGAGGCUUAUACCGAUACCGCUUUUUAAAAAGUACUCUUUGCCUCACUUUUGCAAGUUAGAUUGUGCAGUUAUAUGUUUAUGCCCCACACAGUAAAAUAACGUUAACACUUUACAAAAAAGUAAAACAAUUUUAACAUUAUUUAACAACAUUACUGUAAUUAACAUGAACUAAUGAACUUAAUGUUAGUUACAACAUAUACUAUUACUUAUUUCAAAUCAAAGUUGUAUUAAUUAACAUUAGUUAAUGAUUGUCAUGACUCGCGUUACAUCACAUAUACUCCGAUUUGUAUCCUCUCCGUGCUCACAGUGCAGUGAGUCAGAAUUACUACCGUAAUGACUCUAGAAAAUGGUCAACUUUAUAUUCAUACACAUGUAAUUCUAACACAUUUAAAAGCAAACCUGCAUAUUCAUCUGAAUAACAGCAUGUCUGAAAGUUUAAAUGUGUGAAUACUUGCCAACAAUGCACCCUCCAGAGGUCACUGUCAUGCAUCAAGGGCUGGGAAAGAGCUCAUUCAUUAGAGUAGCAGUGUUUAUGUGAUUCCCUGCAUGCUGCCAAAAAAUCCGUCCCUGAUUCUAGACACGACUUCACAGACUUAAGACGAAGAUCGGCCGAUUUAGAUUAGUGUGCGAUCGAUCGGUGCACCACUAGUUUCUGCUUGGAAGGACUAAAAGACGUUUGUUUUUCUUUAUUGCUCUUAUCUUUUAGUGGGUGUUCAGAUAGUGAAGCUUGUAUUAUUUAGAGAACUACAGCAGUAUGACUAACACUCCAGCCAACAAAGACCAUCUUAUCUAAUUUAAAUAGUUAUGUAGAAAUGCACUUAUUUAUGAAUAAGUAAUAAAUUAAUAAAUAUGUAUUUAUUUAUUUGUAGGGUCCUUCAGUUAGUCCUCUACUAAUAUUUACCAGGCAUUUUUAUUAAAUGCUAAAAAACUAAAUGUUACUGAUCUUUAUAUUUUUUUCGUUUUGAUUUGUAUGAUAUUUUUUUUGAUGACACUGUAAAUGUUGUAUGUGAUGGCUUGGCUUAGUUUCCCUUUGUGCCCAUUAAUAGUUCAAAAAUAACUGCUGAUGAGUCUGCCCAACACUGACACUGGCCCUGUAUGACAACAGAUGACAUCACAAUGACUGCUAGACAAUUAUCACUACAACAUUUUUAGAUUUUUGUAGUGCCUUAGAAGUAUAACAAAAAUAUGCCGCUCACUAAGCAAUUUACAUUUCUUUCAACAAUCCAUCUUUGAUUAAACACUCUUACACACCUAUACAACAUAAACAUAUUUUAUCCACAACACAGUUACACCCAUAACAUUAUCUGUUACUUUCACAUACUGUUUUAUGCAAUCUCUUUGCAUGAGGGCAGACUCCGCCUCAGUUGAGUUUGAAACUCCAUAUGAGAGAAGAGAGCCUUUAUGUGUGAUGUAUGCUACAUUCAAUGAACAAUAGUCGUUGUACACUGUUUUCAACGGUCUUCUCUGUGAAGUGUAGUGUUUUAGGAAUGAAAUACAUCAAUGAAUAGAACCUGCUUAGUAGUUCAUUAUUCAUUUUUUUUUAUGUAUUUGUUUCAUGUCUACUGUAAUUUUUUGUUUGUUUGCAAAAUGUAAAAUUUCAUGCUCUGAAGUUAUUUUUACUUUGUGCAGAACAUUGUUGAAU